AUGGCGUCGAUCAACACAGCCGCCCGCUUGUCGCGUCUCCCGGCUGCCCGCUUCGUUUCCAGGGCGCCUCUUACGCUCUCGGCUCCACGGGCUCGCUGGUUGUCCACGGCGCCGCAGCCUGCGCCUGCGCUGGAGCCGGCGCCGCCGUCCGACUUCCUCGCCAAAAUGGGAGAGCGCUGCUCCCGGGAAGCGCUUUACCCGCCGGCGCUGGAGCAGCACCGGCGGGAAGCGAGCGGCUCCAAGGCCGCCGACAACACGGGCGCAAUCACGAUCGAGCUGCGCGGCCGCGUGGCUGUCUGGACCCUGAACCAGCCCGAGAAGCUCAAUCCGCUCAACGUUACGACCCUCAGCAGGUUGACGCAACUGUUUGCUGAGGCUGCGUCAAGCCCCGCCGUGGACGCCGUCGUGCUCACCGGCAGCGGCCGGUACCUGUCCAGCGGGGCCGCAUUCUUCGAUGUCGGGGUGGACAAGGUCAACUGGCCCUCUGUCCUCCACUCGCAGGUUGCUCGCCUGAACGUCGGCAUCUUCCACCCGUUCAUCCACUUUCCCAAGCCGCUCUUCAUCGCCGCCAACGGCCCCGCCGUCGGCGGCGGUACGACGAUGCAGCUCCUGUGCGAUGCCGUGUUGGCCGCCCCGGGCGCCACGUUCCACACGCCGUUCAAGAAGCUUGGCAUCACAAAGGAGGGCUGCUCGACCCUCACGUUUGCUCAAAAGAUGGGCAGCGAGGGCGCGCGCCGCAUGCUUGACGAGGGCGAGAAGCUGAGCGCCGCCGAGGCGGCGAGGCUGGGCUUUGUGGAUGUGCUGGUGGAGGAGGGCUCUGACCUUGUGGCGGCCGCGUGCGAGUUUGCGGAGGGGUGGGUGUCGGAGGGGAGGGGGCGGCGCAUCCUCGAGCACAACACGCUCGACGAGCUCGACGAGGUGAAUGAGCAGGAGGGGCAGCAGCUCGCCUCCGCCAUCUUUUCAAAGGCGUUUUGGGCGGCAACCCUUCGAAAGGCGGCGGGGCUGAAAUGA